UCAAAAUUGCGGUUAUGUUGUCGGUUUCUUGUAUUGUAUUAUUUUUGUUUUAAGUUGAAACGUAAUGUACAAUUAAUGAUUCUUGUAAAAAAUAUACAUUAUUAUUAUUGUUAAAGACUAAAUUGUAUCAAACUUAAAAGUACAGGAUGACAAACUUUGAAAAGUUAACAAACCCGCAGAAAGUUCGCGCGGCCUUGCAUCGUGAUGUUCGGGCGAUUGCUUCAGAGACUUGCCAUUUCUUAGGACUUGAAGUCACUAAACCAGCGAUGGAAAUAAUAGCAGAACUUGUUUAUAAGAAGAUAUCAGUGUAUGCUACAGAUAUAGAAGCAUUUGCAAAACAUGCGAAACGAACAACUAUUAAUGCGGAGGAUGUAAAAUUAUUGGCACGAAGAAAUCCUUCUUUGCUGGCCCAUCUAAACACGACAGCACCAACCAACCCAGUAGCACCAAAACGAAGGAAAACAGCAGUGAAACCUCAAGAAACCCCGGCUAAGAACAAAGAUGAUUCCGAUAAAAAUAAAGAAACUACAAGAAUAUCUGAUAAUAAAGAAGUGGAACAACACAAAAAGAAAGUUCAUCAAGAAAAUAAAAUAGAUGACUUUGUUGAUAACAUGAUUUUGGAUACUACUAUUGAUUUAACAUUUGAUUGAAGAAAACGAUUGACUGAUUGUAAUAUUGUCGUAAGUAAAAACAGUUUUUUUU